GUGUUCUGUGUUCUGUGUUCUGUGUUUGAACAGGUAACUGCUCUGUGUUCUAUGUUCUGUGUUUGAACAGGUAACUGCUCUGUGUUCUGUGUUCUGUGUUUGAACAGGUAGCUGGUGUAUGUUCUGUAUUCUAUGUUCUGUAUUUGAACAGGUAACUGCUCUGUGUUCUGUGUUCUGUGUUCUGUGUUCUGUGUUUGAACAGGUGACUCCUCUGUGUUCUGUGUUCUGUGUUUUGUGUUCUGUGUUUGAACAGGUAACUGCUCUGUGUUCUGUGUUCUGUGUUUGAACAGGUGACUGCUCUGUGCUCUGUGUCCCAGCAGGCAGCUGGUGUGUGUUCCAUUUUCUGUGUUCUGUGUUUGAACAGGUAGCUGGUGUAUGUUCUGUGUUCUGUGUUCUGUGUUUGAACAGGUAACUGCUCUGUGUUCUGUGUUCUGUGUUUGAACAGGUAACUGCUCUGUGUUCUGUGUUCUGUGUUCGGUGUUUGAACAGGUAACUGCUCUGUGUUCCAGCAGGCACCUGCUCCGUACUCAGUUACUCCGUGCUCUGUGUCCCGGCCGGCAGCCGCUCGGUGUUCUGUGCUCGGUGACCCUCCCAUGCCGGGAUGUCCCUGGAUGUCACCUUCCUGGGCACUGGCGCGGGCUUCCCGAGCCCGUCCCGCGGGGCCUCGGCGCUGGUGCUGCGCAGGGCAGGGCAGUGCUGGCUCUUCGACUGCGGCGAGGGGACACAGACACAGCUCAUGAGGAGCCACCUGCGGGCAGCCAAAAUCACCAAGAUUUUCAUCACUCACCUCCACGGCGACCACAUGUUUGGGCUCCCGGGGCUGCUGUGCACGCUGAGCCUGCAGAGGAGCGCCGAUGCCGGCGCGGCUCCCAUCGACAUCUACGGGCCGCUGGGGCUGCGGAGCUUCCUGCGGCAGAGCCUGGAGCUGUCGCACUCGCAGCCCGUGCUGCCGCACCGCGUGCACGAGCUGGUGCCCACGCAGGACCAGUGCCCCGCGGGCGAGUUCCGUGAUUUCUCGGGCCUGGAGCUGGCGCAGGAGCCCGCGGGGACGGUGCUGCGCCUGGACGCAGAGACGGACUCGUACCUGCUGCUGGAGGACGAGGAGCUGUGCGUGAGGGCCUUCCGCCUCUUCCACCGCGUGCCCUCCUUCGGCUUCGUGCUGGAGGAGAAGCCGCGGCCCGGGAAGCUCCAAGUGCGCUUGCUGCAAGAGCUUGGCGUGCCGCCGGGCGCCCUGUACGGGGAGCUGAAGCGCGGCCGCUCCGUGGAGCUGGCCGGCGGCGUGACGGUGCGGCCGCAGGACGUGCUGGGCCCGCCCGUGCCCGGCAGGAAGGUGUGCGUGCUGGGCGACUGCGCGGGGCCCGUGGGGUUUGGGGCGCGGCGCCUCUGCGGCCACGCCGACCUGCUGGUGCACGAGGCCACGCUGGGUGAUGGCCUGCGGGACAUGGCACGGCAGCGUGGGCACAGCACGCCCGGCCAGGCCGCGCGGUUCGCCCUGCAGUGCGGCGCCGCCAGGCUGGUGCUGACCCACUUCAGCCAGCGGUACCGCGGCGGAGAUGACAUGGGCGCCCUACGGAGCGAGGCCGAGGCCGUCAUGGGCGGCCAGGAGGUGACGCUGGCCGAGGAUUUCAUGACCAUCGAGAUACCCAUGAAGAACAAGUCCAAGGACUUUGCUAUUACAGAGAACUCAAUGACACAGUGAGAACGAGGACUUUGCUAUUACAGAGAACCCAAUGAAACAGCAAAAACGAAGACUUUGUGACCACAGAGAACCCAAUGAAACAGUGAGAACGAGGACUUUGCUAUUGCAGAGAACCCAAUGAAACAGCAAAAACGAGGACUUUGUGACCACAGAGAACCCAACGACA